AUGCCUCUCUCAUCUGAUGUCUCCUCAAGAGUCCUGGGUCGUCUUGCUCGCAGACACCGGUGUCCUUCCCGUGGUCGUUUCUCCAGCAGCACUGCUCCCAAGCCAGAGAAUACAGAGUCUCGAAAUGAUAGACCGGAGACCUUACACUCGAACCAUGCGAAUGCCAGCACUUCAUCUCUGACAGAUCCGGUGGCAGAGUCGUCCGGCCCACCACCUCCGUUGUUUCCGUCUCGCUCUGAAUUGUUCGCGAAUUUGUUUGGAAAGGCAGGCGCAGACCCAUUUUCGCUUGCGUCAAAUGAGGCAUCCACUAGUAGUGCCUCCUCAGCGGUGCCUGGCAGUACGCUGGUCCACAGUAGCGACGUCCCUGAGAGCUCACCGAAGACCAGGGAAAUUCCACCUCACGAUCUCGAUGCUGCGCUCCAUGAACUAUCUCUCAGCAGCCGGCUUCUAGAACGGAUAACGCUCGAGGAUACCAGCAAUAUCAACGAGUCUAAUGUCCGUCAAAGCCUCGAUUUCCUUAAGCAAAUACAGCACAUGAACGCUCCCAGGCAGCCUGUGGAAGCAUCUCGCAGAUACAGAUUACCUUGGUACAAACGCCGCGUUGGGGGCGUAAUAUCUAAUUCAGAUCAGAUUGUCCUCACAGAUUUAACUCCGCCAACCAGAACACGACCCAUUUCGACGUUAAAGCAUGGUUUGAAUCGCGUUUUGUUCAAUUCUGGAGUCACCUGGUUACAAGAUCCAAGAUCAUCAGUGUAUAACUUUCAUCCCAAACUCAAGAAGAUCCCCAAAGUGGACACGUUUGCAUUUGAUCGUCUGACUGGUUUCGUAACCAGUUCCAAGGAUGAAGAUCUGUGGCAACUCGCAAAGAAAGAAGGAUGCACCUUCGUUGGUUCGACCUCUUCGCUCACUGGAGUGCUCAGCCAUAUAUACUUCUUACUAUCCGACGACAAGUUGGUCGACCUGCACAAUCUCACCAGCGCAUUUCGACGAGAACCUCGCACGUUCACUCCAGGACAGCGGAUGCCUGUCUCUGUGGUCCUGAGGUAUCGGGAUGGCGUUUACUCCGUUGACUCCGAUGUUUCUCAUCUAGAUGUCAUGAAGGAGUCGAUCCUCUCGAAACUGGGAAUCAUGAUGGAGAAAGUCUUCACUACGUCAUGGGAUAGGGUGCAGAAUCUGCUAGACCGCCCGCCGACAGAAGACAUGAAUGUCGUCCCGGAGAAAGAGGCGUAUCGCUAUGCGAAAUGCGGCAAAUUCGUGAUGCGUGCACAGCUGGAUUGUCAUCACAGCUCUCUCCCCGGUACGGGUGUGUUCGACAUCAAAACUCGCGCUGCUAUGCCAAUCCGACUUGACGUGUGGAAUUAUCAGGACCACGUCGACUACCGGAUAAAGUCUGUUCAUGGUCCGGUGGAGAGUUUCGAGAAGGAGUACUAUGAUCUCAUCCGCUCCGCCUUCUUGAAAUACAGUUUUCAAGCUCGUAUCGGAAAUAUGGACGGCGUCUUUGUCGCUUUCCAUAACACAGAUCAAAUCUUUGGAUUUCAAUACAUACCUCUAGAGGAGAUGGACAUGCGACUUUAUGGUGACUCAAAAGCUGGUCCUCGCGUAUUCACACGAUGCAUAGGUCUUAUGCAAGCGAUAUUUUCCGAAAUUACCACGUAUCUCCAGGAGCAGGACGUACGCUGUACGUUUGAGACGCGGGAAUUUGGGAAAUUCAUGAACGUGUGGAUUGAACCCCUGGAAUGGCUGCACGGAGAGGACAAGCCCAUUCUGCAGCUAGACAUCAAGCUGUGGAACUACGUGGGAACCGAACAAGUCUCUGGUGUGAAGGCUGUCGACUCGGUUGAUCAGGAGUGGCACGUCAGCUACUCCAUCGCGAAGUCGUCGCUCGGGGCGGACCGCAUCCUCGCCAACCGGCAGGCCGCGUACAACCGGCAGCUGCACAUGUACAGGUUUGGCUUGAACAUCAACGACGUAGUGGAGCACGGGGACGGGGUAACCGAGGAGACCUUCGAAAAGGCGGCGCAAGCCCGCGCCGCUGUCUUCCAGACGGCGGCUCGUGCCAAGGUGGGUGCAGCCCGACGUGCCGAACGCGCUUCUGCAAGCUUCAAAGAGCCUUCAGCACAAGACCUUGCGGGCAUCCUCAGUGCUAUAAUGCCACGGUCCGAAAACCCAGCAGAGAGGGAACCCUCAUAG